AUGCCGCUAAUUGAAGCUGAUCCUACAUUGUGUUGUUUGACUAAUAGUGCCAAUGAGUCGCCUUUGUUCCUAGCUACAUCUAAGGGCUUUCAAAGAAUUGCUCGUUACAUUUUAUGCGAGUCUUCAAUAUGUCCUUCUUUUGAGAGGAUUAACGGUGUCACAGCUUUGCAUGCGGCAGUAACUCGUAGGACAAAAAGCACCAAAGAUAUUGUGAACACAAUGUUAUCCAAAAAUCCCAAGAUGAUCAAAGAAGUGGACGCACUUGGGUGGACACCCUUACACUACGCAGUGUUUAAGGGAAACCUUGAAGCAACUCGAUUGUUAAUGCAAUGUGAUAGCUCUGCUGCUUACCUCUUGCACAGAUCUGGAUUAUUGUCAGCUCUCCACGUUGCCGCCUAUGUAGGACGUGUUAUGUUUUCCUAUUUAGAUCGGUGCACUAGAUACUAA